GGGUGAGGUGGCAACCCUACUUUGCGGCCACCUUUGAAGUGGGAAUUUUUUUUAAAUGUUUUUAGUUGGUGGGUUUUCAGGGUGACCGUAGAGGGUUAAGAUGCUGUACAUGUGAGUGUGGUAUUUGUGGUGCAGACAGAGCAGGCAGUAACACAUGGACAGUGGGGAUUGGCAUAAGGGAAUGUGAGGAGGAAGAAGAGGAGGAGGUAUAUGGGGGGGCAGCACAAUAGGGAAGCGUAAUGAGAGAAGGGGGGAUAGUGGAGCAGAGGAGGCACCGAGUCCAACGUCUGGCUCUAAACUCCCUGCUCCUGUUUAAUAUUCCGCCCGCUCUCUACAUGUUAUGUUUGGCUCCUGUGGGAUUGGAACUCACGGCCUGAAACUGAAGCCAAUCUUCUGUCUUAAUCUCACAAUGUUUUGACUGGAGGCAGAUCCAGGUCCCCCCCCCCUCCCCUUUUCUCCGAGUCCGAGUGGAAACUACGGAGCCUUUUCCCCUCUGCUUUCCAUAAAGGGGACGAGGGUGACGGAUCAGCGCUCGCUCGGAUAACGCACAGUGACCGAAUGGAAAGAAAGAAGCCUCUCAAUCGGCGAGACAAUCUCUCAGCAUUCAGCUUUUAUACCCCGAGGUUACUGUGCCUCCUGCUGUCUCCCUGUCCAUCCACCGCAUCUCAUUUCAAACUGAAAAAAAACAGAAAAAGCAAGUUCCUGGGUUAAUAAGAGAUGACUGUGCUCCUGUCCAUGAAUACAUUCCGCAGCCCUACUGCCCCUGAAGGUGCGACUGAUACCCCAAAGUAUCAGAACGACUGGGACCCCCAAAAUCACAGCCGCAUCGGCAGCUUGUCCGAUCAGAUCAAUGCCCAGCACCAGGACUACCGACUAUGCCACUCUCUUGCAGAGUCCCAUUACAGGGGAAUUUCACAUCCAAUCACAACAUCCAAGAUCACAUACUUUAAAAGGAAAUAUGUAGAAGAGGAGGAUUAUCACCCACCACUCAGCUGCUGUAGCCAUAAAAAUGUGUCCAUCUUUGAAGAACGUGCCCAUGUGUUGUACAUGUCCUUGGAGAAGCUUAAGUUCAUCGAUGACCCUGAAGUAUUCCUGAGAAGAUCAGUCCUCAUCAACAACCUGAUGAAAAGGAUCCAUGGGGAGAUUCUGCUGCAGAACAAUUGGUGUUUUUCUGCUUGCUCUCUGGGGGGACCUGCUGCCCAAGAGUGGUUUGUAGCUCAGGAUUGUCCAUACAGGAAACGCCUGCGGGUUGCUAAGGAAGAGAGUAAUAGCCUGCAGGCUUGUUGCUUUUACCACAAUUGUGGCCCUCACUAUUUGAACAUUCCUUUCUCUGUAAGCACAACUGGAGGUAAUUCAACAGCAUCCAGCUCCAGCCCUAGCUCAAUGCCUGGUUGCUCCCACCAUGGGGAUUACAACACGGCUGAUGCAACGUUUCACAGGAGCACUGGACAGUUUCCUUCAUGUGGGGGGUUGCUGACUAAUGCCAGACCACCAGGAAAUCAACCGAAGGCACAUGUACACAAUGAGAACUCAACUGAUGAUAAGAAAGGUGGUCUUAGUGUUGGUCAUGAUGUAACCAAUGGGGGAAGUGCACUUGAACGUAGAGGUCGGUUCUAUGAUUUUUUGGCAGCGGGUUGUAAUGACAAGAGUAGUGUAAGUGAGCCUUGGAAAAAAUCUCUACGGAAAAAAGAGGUUUCUCCAGGCAAUAAACUUUUGCGGAAAAAAAAGUAACGUUGGAGGACGCCUUUUAUAAAAUGUUUUCCUUUGGUGUCUGUAGUUGAAGUAAGUAAGUAAUGUUAUGCAGUUAUCAAGGCUUUUGCAGUUUUAUAUGGUGAACCUAUUCUAAAUUGCUGAAGGUACUGAGAACAUUUAUGUUUUUUAAAUAAAAGUAAAGAAAUGUUGGGUGGAGGGGGACAAAUUCCCAUUGGACCCCAUCGAGCAGGUGGUUAGUGUAUUUUUUAAGGUGCAUUUUUAUGGAAGGGACUGCAAGUAUUGCAAAGAGCACAAGUUGACCAGACUCAUUUUUUGUCUUAGCACUUGUAUUUUAUUCUUGGGUUUGGUCAAUAACAUAGAUUUUAAAGCAAAGCACAUUCAAAAAUGGUACUUUUAUUUAUAUCUUUGCUGAUAUUAAUGUCGAACGGCUCCCAGAGCUAGGGCCCUUAUGUAAACCUUUGUGCACUCAGUGUAGAGAUGCAGUAGACUUGUCCAUCUGGCACCCUUGGCCACCAACAUUCCUCCCUUAUUGUGAAUGAUCCAAAAUUCAACUGGCCUACCAGAAUACCAAUGGGCCCCGGCAAGGACAAUUCCCAUUAGCCCUAUUUUAUUUCUACCAUAGGACAAUAUAACAUUAGCACCACCUACAUUACAUGUAAUUAUUGUGAGAGUGGGCCUUGGUAUCCGGUUCUCAGGAAGCCUUAGGUGGCCUAUCCAAUACUGGCUUCACCUGCGGUGGUAGUUGAACAAAUUCCGCUGACAAUGAGUAUGAAACAGCUACUUCAUUGGCAUUUCACAUUAGAAAAGAAUUAUUUUUCUGCAACUACCUGAUCAGGGUCAAACUAAAGUGGAUUAGGUUCUUGGGUAUGUUCUGACGGCAAUGGAAACCCAUUCUCCUCACACUGGCAGAUAAUGUUGGGUCAUUUGGACUAGCCUAACACCUGCUCAAGAGCUGCUCAACAAAGAGGAUUAAGGCAUUUCACCUCAAGCAGCCAAUUACUGAGAGUGGAGAGCUGAUAUUUUGGGUGUUGGCUAAAUGAGCAGAUCAUUGGUUGGUUGGGCAUAUUGCCUGUAGGGCCAAUGACCUCUUACAUUGGUACAUUCAUUGGCUAAACAUAUAUAUAAACAGCAUGUUCAACUAAAUUCUGCAGUAAGCAACAUUCUAUUCAUUGGCAUCUGUGAAUGGAGCAAGUCCUGAAUAUUGUAGUGCAGUCAACCCAUACCAGCCAACCAACCAACCAACCAACCAACCAAAUGUUUGCUUUCAAAUAGCUUUCAAAUAAAAUGGUACCUGCUGAUGGGGUGUUCACCUUAAAGUAACAUUUUAGUAACAUGUACAAGGCAAUCAUCAAGGACCAAACAAAAUAAAUAAUGAAGGGCACCUGAAAAGCUGGUUAAAAUAUGUCUGUGUAUAACAUACUAAAUUUGUAUAUAAAAGUGAACUCCCCCUUUAAUUUGUAUAUGUAUUUAGAUUUGAUGGCCUUUGAGUCAUUUAUAGCCUCUCAUUCUUGGGGCUAUAAUGCAUUUACAACUGGAAAAUGGUGACAUUUUAGGCCAUGCCAACACCGCCAUUUUAUGUAUAAGCCCCUCCCUUUUGGAAAGCCCCGCCCCAUAAGAAUCUGCAGAGUGGCCUGUGGAGCCUAAACAGGGAAGAGUGGGAGUAGUGAUGGUAUGCAGGGCUGAUGCACUUUAUGAAACAGCUCUCAAUGAUGUGCAAUGGGCUGGAAGCUUUUACACAUGUUGUCUUUUCUGUUUUUCUUUUUAUUUUCAUUAAAUUGUACCCUGACUGGGGGAAUAGAAUUAUGAGUUAAGGAAUGCGACAAGCCUGUGACUCUCCUUCUGCUGUGGAACUAUAACUCCCAGCACCCUGCCAAUCAAGUGUGGAUGCUGGGAGUACUUCUGUACUGGUGCUGGGGGGGGGUGCCUGUUUCUACUUUAACACUGGCCAGGAUAUGGGGGAAAUUCCCCUUUAAAUUUAGAUUUUGAUAGAGACAACUGUAUUAUUUAACAAUUUGCGGUUCAUUUUCUAUCCUAUUAAAUUAACAAAUUGAUUUUGGAUUUAGGGCACUAGACAUUCUGAUUUAAUGCACCCAUCCCAAUUUUGUCACCCAGUAACCAGCUGUCAGUAAUUUCAAUUUGAAUCUGAAAACAGCACUACACUUCCUUAGAAGCAGUCAGACCAUAGAACUCUGCCAUGGGGCGUGGCCUGGACAGAACAGGGUGUGGCCUUGUGAAAUUAAGGGCUGGUAGGUGAGCAGAUGUAGUCAAGAUACAGUUGGAUCAGAAGGUUGAUGUCUCUGGGGUCCUGGCACAUGGAGUUUUUGUUGCCUUUACUUCUUUAUUCAUUUGGGUAAUAAUGUCUGACCCACGAGUGCCUCAUGUGGGCAAUUACCAGUGAAAUGAAAGGGGGGAGCAGUUUGAGCGAGUUGAUGAGUACCCCCCCAAACUGGUAGACAAAACAGAGAAAGAACAGAAAGACAAAUAGUACAAAAAGCUCAAAAACAUAAAAGUCAAAUUCAGAUUGUAUCAGAAUAUGCUUGUCUGCGGUACAUUAAUGGUUAAUUUAAAGGAGUACCUGGCUCCAUUUAUUUGUGAGCAAAUACCUUCUGCCUAAAUAACAGCAAGUCGGUCCUGAUGCCUUUAAGCACUUAACUGCGCUCUUGCAAUGGGAUUUUAACAUUAUGUCUCUAAACUGUGUGAAGCACUUAGGAUUUUUUAUUUCUGUAAAUUGGAAUAAUAACCAUUUUCUUUGUGAAUUGUGUUUCAAAUGCAUUAAAAUGUAAACAUUUA